AUGGAGCCCUCUCCAAAUCCAACAUUCAAUGCCAAAUCCCCAUUUGUGACUCUUGAAGUCCUCGACCCCAGUACAAUACAUGCAUUUGUCAGCCCCACGAAGGAGAUCAACGAUGGUCCAGAUGUGUCCAGGUUUCUCGUGUCCAAAGCAUAUAGGGAUAUUGGCAUAUUCGUACUGCAGCUGAACCGGGCCAUGUGCCCCAGGAAGUCCAAGGGCUCAGAUGGGAAAGAGAAGGUACAAACCUUCGAAAUCGGCUCGAAAUUGGAAACACAACCGGCCAAGUCUGUGCAAAGCAUUCAGCAGCUCUUAUUCAAACUAGAGUCGUUUAUUGACGAAGCGCCACCAGACAAGGGGCCGAGGAGGUUCGGAAAUGUCAGCUUCCGAAAAUGGUACAAGAUUCUGGACGAGAGAGCGUCUAGCCUGCUGGAGGAGUGUCUACCUCAGUCUAUCCUGAAGUUUGGCUCUUCUCCUGGUCAGAAUGGCGUGACAGCUGAGGAGGAGCUGAAAGCAUACCUCCUUGGCGCUUUUGGAAGCCCCCAACGGCUGGACUAUGGUACUGGGCACGAACUCAGUUUCCUUGCGUUCCUCAUUGGGCUCUGGAAGCUUGGUGCCUUCAAAGACGGUCAGCAAGAUGGCGAGAUCGAGCGCAAUAUUGUUCUCGGCGCCUUUGAACCAUACCUUAGGGUUGUUCGGAAGCUCAUCUUGACGUACACACUUGAGCCCGCCGGGUCACACGGAGUUUGGGGUCUCGACGAUCACUCCUUUCAGCCAUACAUUUACGGUUCAGCGCAACUCACACGACCGAUUGGUGACAAUGAGGAGAUGCCGAUGGAGGGGUCGCGCUUCGGUGCUCCCAGGCUGGAUGCAGUUUCCAAAGCUGACAAAGUGCAAGACUACCGGGAGACCAACAUGUACUUUUCUGCCGUUGGGUUCAUCUACGAUGUGAAAACGGGGCCGUUUGGUGAGCAUAGCUCUGUAUUGCACUCCUUGUCCCAAGUCAAACUAGGAUGGGGCAAGAUCAACUCUGGAAUGCUCAAAAUGUUUAACGGCGAAGUUCUCUCAAAAUUCCCCGUUGUACAACACCUUCCUUUUGGCUCUCUUCUCUCGUGGGAGCGAGACCCUGAUGCCAAGGAACCCCAGCAGUCUGUACAUAUGGUAAAUCAACCCAUAGCUUCAGCUGCGCUCAAGUCCAACAACUCGGGCACAAGCGCUGGAACGGCGGCUCCGUGGGCAAAACCCGGGAAUAUGCCACCACCAAUGCAAGCGCCAUGGGCAUCGGGUGUGCCAACAACAAGACCACCACCCACGCAGGCAACAUCAGUGAAUCCAUCUAUCCGAACGCCUUUUCCGGCAAGCCAGCCUCUUCCCAGGCCUACUGCACCAGCAGCCGGCUCAACAGAUGCUCAAAUUACAGUUACAAAGGCACCGUGGGCCAAAGACUAA